UCCGCGGGAUGCUGCAGACUGCGCGUCUCCAUCACGACUACGAGCGACUGAUGCUUUUCCUUCACAUGCACGAUCCCGAUCUGGAAUGAGUUCCCUCACCCGAUCGGAUCUACCGGGAAGCGAGCUCGCCCUGCUGACCGUAGCCGAAAUGUGCGAGCGAGCGGCGCCGCAACGAAACGACAACCUGGCGUCGGACGCUCCGUCCGACGGGAACGCCAACGACAUCGGGACGAACGACGGAGGCGGGAGCGGCGUUUGUGGGACGCCGUGCGACGACCCCGAGUUAGCGGAGUUCGAGAUGCUGGAGUGCCAGGAGCUGGAGUCCUACCCAGCGGAGGACUUUGUCGGGCUGAGGGAGCGCGGCGAGGAACCACCUCCCGCCGAACCUCCGACCUUUUCUCGCGUGGACAACUCGGAACGAAUUCUCCAGCCCUGGGUGGAUCUCAACUGGAACUCUGCUCGGGAUCUCGCGUCAGAAGCGCGAGAACAAAACCAGAACAACAACCAGAAGAACAAAGCCGCCAAGGCGUCGCCUGUCAGAAACGCUACAAAAACACGAACGGAUGAAAGUGGGAGUCCUCGCAAAGCCAAAUCCAAGCAAAGCUCCUUUGAUAACUCCUUGAAAAAGCAAAAUUCCUUUGAGAGGAGCUUCAAAAAACAGAUUUCCUUGGAGUACACCUUGAAAAAGCAGCUCUCCUUUGAUAAUUCCGCCAAGAUCUCCUCGGAAAACUCCUCUCGAGCUUCCAGUCUGGAACGCAGGAAGCCCUGGGUCAACUCCGGUCGACCUGUCAAGCAACUUCCCGCCUCUCCGGCCAAGGUCCAGAACGUCCAGACGCCUAGAAGCAAUCUGGGCUGCAGCGGGAUCCCUAAACCGGUAGCUCCUCUGGAAAAAGAUUCCGACUUCAGGAGAUCUUCUCCCUCGAAGAACAAAAAUGUCCGUCCGAAAAUCAUCACCUGCGUUCGCAAGAACCCUCAGGGAAAUUUACAAGGGAGCAACGUGGACGUAUCCGGACAUUUUGAAGACCAUGGGAAAUGUCCUCAGGAGCACCCAUCCAGAGGAGCGAGGCCUCAACUGGGACUGGGUGCGGUCACUAGACAGCCCACCCCCAAAACUCGAGUUCAGCCAGCGGCUCCCAAGUCAUCGCCAGGAAUGCUCGGCCAACACGGCUACCGGGAAGCUUCAGGGGAACAGAGGCGAUCCGGUCCGGAAAGUUCCCCCAGGAACCAGAUGCUCAAAUCGGGCCAAACCGGUCUUCGCCCUCCGGGGUUCUCCGCUCUUCCUCCUCCUAGAAUCGCUCCCGUGGGCAUCAUGAGAAGCUUGUCGUCGAUGUCCAGUGACAGUUACGCUUGCCGAACCUCACAGCCUUUGAGAAAAGAAACAUUGAAGGAGUCCCAAUCUGCAUCGCCUAUCAAGUCCUCCCCUAAAAAAUGUGCAGUGGUUUCGCCCAAGCCUCAAUCUCUCGCGCACGGGCGGUGCGGGUCGUCCCAGGAAGUGGACCGGGCGCUGAUCACGCUGCUGAGGGAACGCUGCGAGCAGCAGGGACGCCAGCUACGCAGCCUGGAAGCGCAACUGAAGAAGGCCUCGCUGUGCAUGAGUGUAUUCUCAAUCACCACGCAGCAUUUCUGUCACAAGAAAGCCACAAUCAAAUACCCCUUCUGGAUUCUUCACGGAACAAAAAGUGAAAGCGCGGCCGUGAGGGAAGGGGAACUGUCCCACGAGCUCGCCCGGAUCCGGGAUGAAGUUGCUUUCAGCGUGUCCCACUGGGAGCAACUGCAGCGGGAGAAGCAAGAGGCGGAGCGGCGUUUCCAGGCGGAGCUCAGGGGCUUGCGGGCCGAGCAGCGGCUCCAGUUGGGAGCGCUGGAGGAGCGGCUGAGGGCGCAGCACGCCGCCGACACCCGCGACCUUAGGGCCCUCCAGCGCGCCCGCCUCGACGACCUCAGGGUACAGCAGCGUGAACAGAUGGACGAGAUGAACGAGAAUCACCAAGCGUCCCUGGCUGAGAUGGAGGCGGCCCACGACGACGCGUUGUCCACUUUGCGGGAGGAACACGCCCGCACCGUCAAAAAUUUGAAGAUGGCCCACGAGCAGCAGAGGAAGUCUUUGGAGGAGGAGUUUGAGAAGAUCAGACUAUCUUUACAGGAUCAAGUGGACAUGCUGACCUUCCAGAACAGAAGCCUCCGAGAUCGGGCCAAACGCUUCGAGGAAGCCCUCCGCAAAAGCACGGACGAGCAGAUAGUGGAUGCGUUGGCGCCGUACAAACACAUCGAGGAGGACCUGAAAAGCCUGAAGGAGGUUCUGGAGAUGAAGAACCAACAGAUCCAUGAGCAGGAUUUAAAAAUAACCGAGCUGGAGAAAAUACAGGCUGAAAAGAACGUUCACCUGGAGGAGCGAGUGCAAGUGUUGCAGCAGCAGAACGAAGACCUCAAAGAACGGAUCGACAAGAAUCUCGCCGUGUCCAGGCAACUGUCUGAGGAAAACGCCAACCUUCAGGUGCACGUGGAGAAGGAGAGCACGGAGAAGAAGCGCCUGAGUCGCACCAACGAGGAGCUCCUUUGGCGCCUGCAGACGGGCGAGCUCAGCCCUCGCAUGUCGCCCAGCGGCUCGCCCGUCCGCCAGGCCCCCUCUCGGCCCGAGUCGCCCGCCCGCCCGCACUCCUGCCACCAGUGAGCGCCCUCGUUUUCGAAGACUCGGCGAAAGACGCUGUCAUUCUGACAAAUCGCGGGGUUUCCGUCAGGUUUUUUUUUGCCACCAGCGACCUCUCACAAGGACCAAAAACAACUUUUUUCCCCCCUUUUUAAAACUCUUUCAGACGAUGAUAGACGUCCAAUCAUCUGGCGUACAAUUGAUUGAGAAAUAAACUGGCUAUGACUUUGUUUUAAUGUCAACGCGUUGAUUUUAAUGGGAAUGUUGCCCCCACCAGUAUGGCUGCCCUGAGGCCAUACAGUGGGGGCCGUGAAAGGUCCUUUCAUGCUCAGUUGAAAUGAGUUUAUCGCGAGUAGACGUCUAAUCCAUUUCAAGUGGGAGGGUGGCAGUUCAUUCGCUGCCAUCCCUCCCACUUCAAAUGGAUUAGACGCCAGGGCGUAGGUUUGGUCUUAAUAUUAGUAGGGACGAUAUAACAGCAUAACCUGCAUGUACACUUUUUGCUGGGGACGGGACAUUGAUAAGACUAAACAUACAGUGGGGCAAGUAAGUAUUUAGUCAACCACUAAUUGUGCAAGUUCUCCCACUUGAAAAUAUUCGAGAGGCCUGUAAUUGUCAACAUGGGUAAACCUCAACCAUGAGAAACAGAAUGUGGAAAAAAAACAGAAAAUCCCAAUGUUUGAUUUUUAAAGAAUUUACAAAUCAUGGUGGAAUAUAAGUAUUUGGUCUAUACCAAAAGUUCAUCUCAAUACUUGUUA